AUGAUGAAAGAAGUUGAUGAUAAAAGUAGUCCUGAGUAUCAACGGCUGACUUGGGAUGCUCUAAGAAAGAGUAUAAAUGGACUGGUGAACAAGGUCAAUGCUGCCAACAUUAAGAACAUAAUUCCGGAAUUGUUUGCUGAGAACUUGAUUCGCGGAAGAGGGCUCUUCUGUAGAUCCUGUAUGAAGUCUCAGAUGGCGUCUCCCGGGUUUACCGAUGUGUUUUCCGCAUUGGUUGCUGUUGUCAACACGAAAUUUCCUGAAGUUGGGGAUCUUUUGCUUAGAAGGAUUGUUUUGCAGCUAAAAAGAGCGUAUAAGCGGAAUGACAAGCCUCAAUUACUUGCUGCUGUUAAGUUUGUAGCACAUCUGGUGAAUCAGCAGGUGGCUCAUGAGAUCAUUGCGCUAGAGCUACUAACGGUUUUGCUCGAAAAGCCAACCGAUGACAGUGUUGAAGUAGCUGUUGGUUUUGUCACAGAAUGUGGUUCAAUACUGCAGGAUCUCUCACCUAGAGGACUUCAUGGCAUCUUUGAGCGUUUCCGGGGAAUUCUUCAUGAAGGAGAAAUUGACAAACGUGUUCAAUUUUUGAUUGAAGGCCUGUUUGCAAUAAGAAGGGCAAAGUUUCAGGGUUAUCCAGCUGUUAGGCCUGAAUUAGACCUCGUGGAGCAGGAAGAUCAGUUAACUCAUGAGGUCUCCUUGGAUGAGGAAAUAGAUCCUGAGACUAAUCUCGAUAUAUUCAAACCUGACCCCAAUUAUAUGGAGAAUGAAAAACGUUAUGAAGAGUUGAAGAAAUCCCUGCUGGGUGAGGAGGAGGAAUCAGAGGGAGAUGAUGAAGGCUCUGAUGCUGAAUCAGAUGAUGAUGAUGAUGAAUCUGAUGAAGAGACCGAGGAAAGUAUGCAGAUUAAAGAUGAAACAGAAACCAAUCUUGUUAAUCUGAGGAGGACUAUCUAUCUAACAAUCAUGUCUAGUGUAGAUUUCGAGGAAGCUGGUCAUAAGCUUCUCAAAAUUCAUCUCGAGCCAGGUCAAGAGAUGGAAUUGUGCAUUAUGCUUUUGGAAUGUUGCAGCCAAGAAAGAACUUACCUCCGAUAUUACGGUCUUCUGGGCCAGCGAUUCUGCAUGAUUAACAAAGUGCAUCAAGAAAAUUUUGAGACAUGCUUUGUGAAGCAAUAUUCCAUGAUCCAUCGACUUGAAACAAACAAACUGCGAAAUGUGGCAAAAUUUUUUGCUCAUUUGCUUGGGACAUUUGCUCUGCCUUGGCACGUCUUAUCAUACAUUCGCUUGACUGAAGAGGACACAACUUCUUCUUCGCGUAUAUUUAUUAAGAUUCUCUUCCAGGAAUUGUCAGAGCAUCUUGGCAUUCGGUUGUUAAAUGAGCGGUUAAAUGAUCCAACAAUGCAGGAUUCUUUUGAAUCAAUAUUUCCCAAAGAUAACCCUAAAAACACACGAUUCUGCAUUAACUUCUUCACAUCCAUUGGACUUGGUGGUCUUACUGAGAAUCUACGCGAGUAUUUGAAAAACAUGCCACGUCUGAUCAUGCAACAACAGAAGCAAGUUCCUGAUUCUGACUCAGAUAAUGAAUCUGCAAGCUCCGGUUCAUCAGAUUCGGGAACCAGUUCUGAGUCAGAGUCUGACUCAGCAAGUUCUGAUGAAAGUGAUAGAAAAAGAAGUAAACGUAGAAGAAAAUAA